CCGAAGUAACCCUUUAUUAAUAAGGUUCGGUGUUUUUCGGUAUGAACUUCCCAAACAUCCCAGAUAGCACUGACCAUAGGGGAAAGUACGGCAGCCUAAUGGUGUCUUGAACACAGAAAGGAACAACAAGGAAGACAAUUACCGCGUUUCAACCGCAGAAUUUCAACACAUUCAACCUUUUUCUUUUAAAAUUAAAUCAUUGAAGCAAGCAAGCAAGCCAGUACCGCCUUGUGAUAGUAGGCCAAACUGAACAACUGGGCUUGUAUGUGAGUCUGUUCUGUCAACCAUGGCCAACAACGUGGAGGAUAUCGAGAACAGCACGGUGACUGAGGCUCCGGUACCAACCCAGAUCCAGCACCCUGAGCCUGGGGUGACUGGGGUGCGGUCCAGGGGUGGAGGGGGUGGGGCGGAACAGAACGGACAGGCUCCCCCACAACGCACCCCGCAGGUGGUAGAGAGUGAGGAAGACGAAGAUGAGGAGCUGACGCUGAAGUACGGGGCCAAACACGUCAUCAUGCUGUUCGUCCCUGUCACGCUCUGCAUGGUGGUCGUCGUGGCAACCAUCAAGUCCGUCAGCUUCUACACCCAGAACGAUGGACAGAGGCUGAUAUACACCCCAUUCCCCGAGGACACAGACACAAUAGGGCAGCGAGCCCUCAACUCAGUCCUCAACGCCACCAUCAUGAUCAGUGUCAUCAUAGUCAUGACCAUGGUGCUGGUGCUGCUAUACAAGUACCGCUGCUACAGGGUGAUCCAAGGCUGGCUGUUCCUCUCCUCUCUACUCCUCCUGUUCUUCUUCUCCUUCAUAUACCUCAAGUGA